GUCAAUGGUACUUGCUUUAUCAGAGACGAUAAAAUAAAGUUCCAGACAAGUACUGGGUGGUAAAGUAUUCCAGAUGUAAAUGGAAUUAUAAGUGAAGAUGGUAUUGAAGUUAUCAAUAGUUGACAGAUGUAGAAUACGAGUGUACAAGAUGUAACAGGGGAAGGAAAAACACGGGAAGAGAGAGAGAGAAUUAAUGCUAUCUUCUCUGCCUAAGCUGAUUUGAUGUAGUGUGACCUGAUCACUUCCGUUUGCUGAAUUAACAAUUCAGUAUAUAUUAAUAUUUGUUAGUUAAAUACACACAGAUAUUAUAAAAAUAAUUAAUUGUACUAUUAAUGUUUUUAAGAACAUGUCUAAUGGAUUUUAAAAUUUCGCUACAUUUUAUUUUUACUUCUUUUAAGCAGAAAGUCACUGCAGGAAUGCAGGAAGCUACAGCGCCACCUUUCGUAAAAUCUAAGGAUGAAUAACUCUUACGCUCAAGAAAUUUGAGGUUUGUCUUGCUCUACAAGAAAGCUGUUUGCAUGCAACACAAGAGAAAAAGAGGAAAAUUUAACUAAGCGUCGCCGAACUAAUCUUGAGGGCGACAGCAGAAAAAAGAAACACUGACGUCCUUCCUUACAGAAAGUUUUCUCCUUACAUAAAGCAAGAUGAACGCUAGUCAGAGCGGAGGCGGUGGCAGCAUGGGGUCCGAUGAAAUAUAUACCUGUGACUAUAAGUCUGGAGACAGUAGUUCUGGCGGGGCUAUUAGUCUCAAGAUAUUGGUGCCAAACGCAAUAGCAGGAGCUAUCAUUGGCAAAGGUGGCGAAACAAUAGCUCGAGUUCAAAAUGAAGCUGGUGCUAAACUGAAAAUGUCCAAGUCCAACAAUUUCUAUCCAGGCACGACUGAAAGGGUGUGCUUGAUUACUGGGCCAUUCGAAGCCGUCCGCAAAGUACAUAACUUUAUAAUGGAAAAGAUUCGUGAAAAACCAGAUUUGAAUACUAGAUGUGACGACUAUCGUGGACCUUACGAACGAAAUCAACAAAUCAAAAUCCUCGUCCCUAACAGCACUGCCGGUAUGAUAAUCGGUAAAGGAGGCAAUUUUAUUAAACAGAUUAAGGCAGAAAGCGGAGUAUCAGUGCAAAUAUCACAGAGCCAGAAAGGUACAUAUAUACCAGAACGAUGUGUUACAAUUGCAGGCGAUGUGGAUGGUAAUAGAACGGCAGUCGAUAUGAUCUUACGAGUUAUAGCUGAAGAUCCUCAGAGUGGCUGCUGCCCUAAUAUAAGUUAUGCUGAAUUCUUGGGUCCCAUGUCAGGAAACAAUUCAAAUGCUUUACCCUUCACUCACAUGAACUAUAGAAACCAAGAUCAGAUGGGUUUAGCAGCGAAUAACAACUUGGGAACUUUCAAUUUCGGAUUUAACAAUUUCGGAAAUAAUUCUAACUCUAAUGUAUCUAACAUGAGUGUAAACAAUGCUAACCUUGGUGGUGGAGGUUCAGGAGGAGGUGGUGCUGCCGGAGGAGCAAUCAACAGCUCAGCACUAGAAAACUUAAAAGUAACACUUCGUAACUAUGGAUUCACUGACAUGGCAAUUGAAGAGAUAGGAGCAGCGAUGAGUACACUGGCUAAUUAUGGUAUUCUCACCAAUAUUGGUUUAAACCUAGGAGCCCUUAACAACUUAGGCACUGGAAGUGGUGGACUCAACCUGCAAGGCCCACAAGGUUCAAAUAUGAUGUCUGGUUGCAACACGCCCACUACCAGUGUUAGCAACCCGUUUGUCAAUAGCAGUAACAAUAACUGUAUUUUUGGUCCCGUUGGCAGCUGCCCGUCAGCGAUGGAGAAUUUUGCAUCAACAUGCGCUAGUACCAGUCCCUUCAAUAAUUCCUCAGCAAAUAUGAACAGCGAGAGGUUUGGUGGUAGCCCAAUGUUAAGUGAUUCAUUUGGCACUGCUGUCAACUACUCAAUGAAUAAUCCAGUUUUUGCAGCAGGUCCAAGUACUUCUGGUGACCAAAUGAAGAAUCAAAUGUCUUUUGGACAUAAUUCAUCUGUGUACAGCCCUACAGAAGACAAGUCCGGACCGACAACGAAGAAUGAAAUAGAGGUUCCAGAAACAAUUGUUGGAGCCAUCCUCGGACCAGGUGGCAAGGGAAUUGUCGAACUUCAACAGAUGACCGGAACAAACAUUCAGAUAUCAAAGAAGGGUGUGUACGUCCCUGGUACUCGAAAUAGAGUGGUUACUAUUACCGGUACGCCCAAUAGCAUCACAAAGGCUCAGAUACUUAUUCAACAACGUUUACAACAGGAAGAAAUGAAACGGGCGCGACAACCACUGGCUCGUUAAUGUAAUUAUAUAUAUGUAUAUAUAUAUACACAUAUAUGUGUAUAUAUAUAUAUUGUAUGCGUGUGAAAUCAAAUCUCACGAGCUUCAUUCUUCAAGUUUUCAUUGAUUAUUGUGGGUUUACAAACAGGAUAAAAUGUACUAGAUUAGAAUGUUUUUAGAUAUUCACCACACGUGUUAUAGAGGAGGUUAGCUGGUCGCUGUCAUUUUCAAAAAAUAUCCUUUGAACAUCUUUUAACUCUUCAAUUUAUAUGUGGAUAAUUGUCUAUAUAACGGUGUAGUACUAUUUCUCACUAACAUUUUUUUAGAAGUUUAUUCAGUUGAAGAAUUUUGGUGGCAAUUUAUAAUGUGCCGGAUCACCAGAAAUAUUUACACACAUUACUCACACACAUAUUCACACAGAAUGUGUUUUAUUUUCUUCAUUUUUUUUUCUUUUUGCAAAUAGUUUUAUUUCACUUCCACUAGAUAAAUUGUUAUUAUUUAUUUGUGAGUUAACGAGAAUCAGUUGGAUUCUUUCCGCCAAAUUUGUUUUAAAUGUAAUCAUCUUUCUCUAGUGACUUCUCACUUAAAUGGCUUGUUCAUAAACUUGUUACUGUAUUCAUUUUGCUACAAUUAUUAUUAUUAUUAUUUUAUUUUUUUGUUAGUGGCAGCUUUUUGCUUAAUCAUUUUUCAUCACCUGCCGAAGAACGAACAGGACUAGGUUAGAACGAAUGUUUCCCAUCAAAAUUUCAAUUUUUUCAACUAUUUUGUAAGUUCCUCUUAAUUUAUUAAUUAGCAAAAUGAAAUUUGUUAAAUAUUUAACUUGUGUGCGUAUUGUAUGUAAAUAAUAGUUUUUAAUGCUUGUAACCAUGGUAUUUUCAAGUGUGGUCCCCAACUCUUAUACUUUCACUUUUGACAAACAUAUGUAUACAGACAAAUAAUAUUAGUUUGCAAAUAAGGACUUGUGUGGUUGUACAUGUGUAUACACACGUGUACGUAUAUUUAUAUAUAUAUAUGUGUGUGUAUGUGUAUAUAAGUACGUGUGUAUUCAUAAGUAGUUGAAUAUUCAAAUAUAUAUAUAUAUAUGUUUGUACAGCGUGUAUAUUUGAGUGUGUGUGUAUGUAUAUAAACGCAUGUGUAUACAUAUUUAUGGGUUUAUUCAUAUAGCUAUGUAUAUAUACUUACAUUUGUGUUUAUAGUCCAACCCAAUCCAGCAUGGAAAAAUGUACGUUAAAAGAGGAUUAUAUAUGUACACACACAUUCACAAAAUUAUAUAUAUAUACAUACAUACACACACACACACACACACACACUGCACACGAAGGUGAGUCAUUAUUUACAAUGCACUUAAUUUUUUCCCUACUGGCAGGAAGGUUGGUUGUGUGUUUCUCACUAGACGUGGUCUCCCUCAAAUCACUAUGGGUUAGGUUUGAACUGGAAAUACCAGUUAAGUAGUUAUGUUCACCAUGGCCACUUUGCUUUCUGUUUGCUCAAAGAAGAGCAACUUUCAGUGAUCCAUUUUCUGUAGGCUAAGGGUAUAUCAGGGAGUGAAAUCUAGUGAAAACUUUUGGCACAGUAUGAGAACAGUGUGUUGUUGCAACAGACUACAUAAGAAUCAGUUGAAUUCAAAAACGGUUGCACAAGUGUCAUGCAUCAAUGAGAAUCUGGAUGCCUGACCAACUCUCUUGUGAUGACAACAUUGAACUAGCUCAUGACCUAGAGCUACCAGUGAAACUGUUUGCAACUGAUUUGACCUUAGUAAAGUGUAUGCAAGUUGGAUCAUAGAAAUUAAGGAACAGUUAUAAGUGCAUUGUGAAAAUUUAUUGACUCAGUCUUGUGUGUGUGUGUAUAUAUAUAUAUACACGCACACACACACACAUGCAUAUGCAAAUGUGUGUAUGUGAAACAGGUUUUGCACAAAAACAUAUUUCAAUAUAAGUUAACAUUUAGUGUUACAAGGCAGCAAGCUAGCGGAAUUGUUAGCACACUGGACAAAAUGCUUAUUAGCAUUUCUUCUAUUAAUUCAAAUGCUGCCGAUGUCAACUUUGCCUUUCAUCCUUCUGGGCUUGAUAAAAUAAGUACCUGAUUAGCAAUGGGGUCAAUGUAAUCGACUUCUCCCUUCCCUCAAAAUUACCGGCCUUAUGCCAAAAUUAGAAUUUAGAUAGUGUUGAAUGGAUCUUCUCACUGAAAUUGGUCUGUUUUUAUUUAUGAAAGAUUAAACCUUAAAGGACAUUUUCUUCUUCCUUCAUAUUUCUAUAAGAAGUUAGGAUAAAAUUAUAUCUGAAAUUUCUAUUCAAAUUCUUAUGACCAUUAAACAUACUUUCUAUCUGGUUCCAUUCUUCAGUUUGUUCACAGAUGAAUUCUCACAAAAACCAAUCAUUUCUGUAUUUCAUUACAUAAUCUCAAUUCUUUCAACAUAUUUGUUUCUUCUAUUCCUUUAUCAAUUAUAUGUUUAUUUGACAGAUAAAAUAGGUGGUGAUUAUAACAUCUUAACAUUUGAAAUAGUCCUUGUAUUCCUGCUGAAAGUUAUGUCCAUUUUUAAAGAGAUAAGUUUUUUUUUUUUUUUUUUAGUUUUUUUUUUAAACAUAAUUUUCAUUAAAAAGUUGCUUUUGAUUUCAUGGAAAGCAUUUAAAUAUAUGGUUGAAAAAUACAUUACAAAUAUUCUGGUAUGGCAUUACCAUUGUCUUUCAAGUCUAUUCUUAGAAGUGUUUCAUAUAUUUACACAUUUUUUUGUUCAUUCCAAUACACCAGAUUGUAUCGAACAUUGACACAUGUUAAUACAAAAAAUAUUUCUAAUUAUAACUUGAAUAAGACAUCUUACAUUGAUACUGAACUUUAAUGUAAAGUAUACACAUUUAGUCAUUGUAGGAGCCAUGCUUAAUCUCUUAAAUAUAUGCAGUUUUUGCUUGCCUACUAUUUAUUUCAUAUAGAUAUAUGGCUAAAAGUUACCCUCAUCUUACAAGGAUCUGACAGUUUAUUUUCAUCCAUAGUCUAUUAAGAUACAUCUAAAUAUGGCUGGUAAUUCUGAAAUCUGUGAGAAUAAUUAAACACCACACUAAUUAUUGAAGAACACAGCUAUGUUUUCCUUUCAUUUGCAUUGAUUAUAUAUCCAUGAUAUACAAAUAUUCACUCAUAAUAAACAAGAAAUGAAACAAUUUAGCUGAUGAUUUAGGUGAUUUAAUAUUCAUUAAAUAUAUCAAACUAUGUAGAAAAUUGUAUUUUAAUUUACACAAAUUAAUCAUUAAAUUAGUUAUAUGUUACAUCUUCAGUGUUACCAUCCACCAAAAGUUUUUAUCUUUAUACUUACACAAACACACACACACACAUAUAUAUAUAUAUAGAUAUGAAAUGAUCACUUUUUGUUCGAAUAUUUAUAGUCUGAACUCAACAGACUGUAACUGUUGAAAAACCUGGAACUCUAUAGACAUUUUAUUAUGUAUGUGAUAAAUGCUACAUUUUGUUUUUAAUUUUGCUCUUUCACCUAACACAUCUAGUCAUACUUUUCCCUUUAUACAUCAUCACCAUCAUCUUCUAGUUUAUCUAUCUCUUUGAUGUUCACUACUAUUGGAGCUCCUCCUAAUGGCUUUUAUAAAUCCUGAUUUCAAGGAGUUGGUGAUAGCAGACAUAAGAUUUGAGCCUAGUUUACUUUUCUCUGGUUAAAUUUUAAGGUGCUGUUGCCUGCUUUGGACUUGAAGGGUUUAUUUAAAGUUUUGGCAUUUUUAUAUACAUAAUAUUCUAUUAACUCACUAACAUACAGAAAACAAAUUUCCACUUCAUUGUAAAUGUUUCAAACAAUAUUUAUUAUUUUAUCAGAUUAGUUUUCAUGCAAUUCAGUGUAACAUCCUUUAAGUUACACAAUAAGCCUCAUAAUCCUUAAGUUUACAAGUUCUAUUCAUUCAUUAAAAGAGCAUUAACUGUGAUAUUUAUUUCUAAGACUUGGUCUCAUAAACAGUUGCCUUCUUAGACUAGGUAUCUUACAGAUCUUUUUCAUUUGUUAUUUUUUAACUGCUUCACUUUGGUGGGCUAUUGCAUGUACUGUUAAGCGUUUUAAAUCAUUCAGCUUCUCUUAUUUUCUUUUUUCUUUUUAUAGAAGGAAAAAAAUGUGUAAAUGACAUUGAACUGCCAACAUAAUGAAUGAAUAGAUGUUAUUUCUAAAAUUAUGCCUGGGAGAUGUAUAUCCUUUAUAGCAAUUAUAUUGCUAUUAAACAACACUAAAAGUUUUGAGAUUUAAAUUUAUUUGAGAAUCAACAAAAUUUAUCCACCAUUCUACUACAUUGUAAAUAGCCCACACUAAGACAACUUAACUUAUAUACAGAAGCAUUUUCACAUAAUAUCAAAUUACUGCCAAAUUUAUUGACAAAGUCCAAGUUAUCUUCUAUUUUAAAUCACAUUUUGUAAUCACUAAAUUUAAUAUUUGUUGAAUGUGAACACCAAGUACAGAAAUUGACUCCUUAGACAAAAACAAUCUUGGUUUAGUACAUAUAUUCGAUGAAGGAAAGGAAAAAAUAACUAACUUGAUUCUAAAAUGUUUCAUUUUAUAUUUUGUAAAAAUAUUGUAAUUUUUCUUCCAUUUUUUUUUUUUUUCUGUCUUAGUUAAAUUUAUGAGCUGCACUUAUUUCACAAAUGAUUUAAUCUGAGAUUGUAUUGAAAUUAAAAUAAUUGCAUCAUGGAAGAAUGAUACUAACUAUUUAAAAUAUAUACACACUUUUAUAUUUUUCUGUUGUAAUUUUGUAAUAAUAGCAUGUUAAUAAUAUAUGUGUAUUAAUUACAUAUAUAUAUAUAUUAUGUACACUUGCUAUCAUUACAAAAAUAAUAAUGCAGAUGUGAGUAUAACAUGUGCAUGUGUGUUUUAAUCGCUACUAUGAUUCUACAACAAUACUAUUGUGUUGGUUAUACUUAGUUAUAUAGAGAUAUAUGAGUACUUAGUUUAUUUCCUAGAGUCUGUACAUUUGAAGUGGCUGACCACUCUACUGGACAUAGCAUUUCAUUUAAUGUUUGAUGUUUAUCAAGUAUAUAGGUGUCAUUGAGCUACAUCUGAUGUGGAGUAAUAUGUAGUAGAACAUGUGCAAAAUAGAGAACAGAUUUUGUAGCUGUAUGCCAUUGAUGUCAAAUAUAAUACAUUAGGAGAAAGACAGUGAGAGAAAUAAUGAAAAAGUGUAUAUAUAUAUGUAUGUAUAUAUAUAAUCAUAAGCUAAUUAGAUAACUUACAAUUAACAAUUCUAUAUUGACGAAUUAAAAUAUUUAUGAACAUCUACAUUACCCACCAAAAAAAAUCUUUUUUUUUUCAAUGUGUCAAUGUGUAUAUGCAUUUGUACAUAGGUAUAACAUUAUAUAUGUGUGUGUAUAUAUACACAUACACACGUGUGUGUGUGUGUGUACACAUAUAUAUAUGUAUGUAUAAUAUGUUGUUGUAUAUUGUGUUUGUAAUACUUUUAUAUUCAUUUAUAAUACAUUUAUAUGUAUACACAUAAACUAUAUGCAAACAAGUCUACAUAUGUAACCUACAAUUACAUAUACAUGUAUAUAUAUUUAUACAUAAACAUGUGUGUGUAUUCAUAAAAUGUUAGUUUAGUGAGUCAGAUCCUUGUGUUCUCAAGCUUAACAUUUUUCUUAUUUUUUUGUCCGAUUUAAAAAUUACUUUCCUGUUUCUUUGUCUUGAGUGAGUUUGUCCUAAAAACAGUUUCCUGUUUUAUGUUAGGAGUUUAGAAAACAUUUUUUAAUUUUUUUUAUUUAAUUCAUUCUUUAUAAUCUUGUUCUUCACACUUGAUUUCUAAUGUUUUGUGCCAAAGUGUAUGAACUCUUAUUACAGAAGAUGGCAAUAAUUACAGUGCUAUGACAAAUAUAAUUACUUGCUUGUAAUCAAAAUAUACUCAUCAUUUUAUAGUCACUUAAUCUAGGAAGACCAUUCCUGUAUAUAUAUAUAUUUAUAUAUAUAUAUAUAUAUAGGUUUAAUAUAUAACCUAUUAAAUCAUUUAUUAAAUUGUUUUCCUUCAAAUUUUAAAAUUAAAACCAUAAUUAAAAGGCUUGCCAUGACAAUCUUUCUUGGCUGACACUGUUAGAAAUUAUUUAUGGUUCAAUAAAAAUAAUAUAAAUUAUAUCCCUACACACACACACCCACCCACCUUUUCAUAUUUUGUCAAUGUUUGGUUUCUGUUGUUUAAAUUCAUAUAUGCAAAUUAACAUGAUGGUGCAUAUUAUCAUAAAAUUAUAACAAUAUAAUUGUGUCUUCUCUCACAAAAUAAGUUUUAAAUGCUUUUCAAGAUUAUCUCUAAAGCCUUCAUUGCAUUAUAACAAUUAAAUUAUAAGUAUGUUAUUUGUUGAUAAUAUAUCCCUCCUUGUCAUGUUGCUGUUCCCUUUUAAAGAAUUUUAUAAAACAUCAUACUGUUCCAUUUAUGUUUCCUUUUUAAUCAGCAAUGCUUUCUUUCUUGGAAUUUCAAGGCCAACUAUUUCAAUUUUGAGAAGACAGUCUGUUGCUUUCAUUUGUCUUCUAAAUAUAUUUACUGAUGCAAUAAAAAUUCAGGAUAUUUUACAUUUAGUUCAUAUUAAUUAAUCUUGUUCAGCAUUUUGUUAAGAUCUUCACACUACAGAUGUACACACAUUUACUAAUCAUAAAGCUGUUGCUUAUUGCAAGUCUUCAUAUUUUAAUUUGUGCAUCCAACUAACAAUUAAAAAUUGUGAGUUCUUUCAUUUUCUUUAUCUACAUAAGUAAUCUUUGUUGACAUUUGUAUUUAGCCUAUAUAUUCAGAGAAAUACAUAAUGCCUACAUGGUUUUCAUAAAAAAAUAAAACUAGAUAAUAUAUGGAUAUGAGUUUGAUGGAAAGUUUAUUUUUUACAAAAACAAAAGUAUAUUGAAGAUUUUUACCAUUAAAAGAACUUAUCUAUCUACACAGUUACUUUUUUAGAUUUCUUUUAAUAAACAAAUGCCACCUUUUUCUUCUUUUUUUUUUUAAUUCUUAUAUAAGUGUUAAUAACUAUGAAAUAGUCAACUAUAUAAACUUGUUCUGUAGGAUUCUGCUCUAUAAUUGCAUAGAGAUCAAUUACUAAGUAUAGAGAACUCAUGAAAUUUGCCAUAGUAUUUUAUAAUGUAGUUCUAAGUAUUGUAGGUUUCUUUCUAUAAAAUAUUCUCAUGUUUUGUUAUUGUAGCUGGCAAGGUUAUACAAUUUUCUUAAAUACAUUUUUUUUUAUGAGCUAUCAUGAUCUAUGCCUAUUUUUAAGUAUUGAUAUUUGAUUAAAGUAGAAUUUCAAUGUACAUGUUUUUAGAUAUGAUUUUUGUAUUCGAAUACAUUUUUUACAAACUAGAUGAUAAAAUCGUUUUUAAUUAUUAUUUCUAAUUAACUAAAACACAUUAUUUUCUAUUGCAAAUUUUGGGGAAAUGGCAAUGUAAAACUAGUUGUUGCAGUCAUUUGAGAGUGCCUAUCUUGUAAAUAUAUCUCACAGUCAUUACUGAAAAUUUGAAACAUUUGUGUUUAAAAAGGAAAACUAGUAUUUGCUUCUUUGGUAAAUCUCUUUUCUAUGUGGAAAAAAUAUAUCACAGAUUUAAACUACUGUUCUAUGUGCUUCUAUGUAGAACUGCAUUAAUUUUCAUUUUAUUUUAUUUUUAUUUUUAUUCUGUCGUUCAUAAAAUUAUUAAUAUAUGAAGAAUAGCAUGUUUACAACUUUUAAUUUCCAUUUUAUUAUGGCAUAUUUGUAACGACAUAUUUACAUAUAUCAUUAUUUUUAACUCAUUGUUAUUUAUUAACUUUCUGAGAAAAAUAUUUUUUUAUUUCCUUCUGUCACUAUAAUUUUUUUUUUAUUUUGAAAUGUUUUCUACAAGUUCCAUUAAUUCCAUGAAAUUUUGAUUCCAUGUGAAAAGAAAUAACUAUUGAAAACUUUCAUUAUUUCAUUAAGGAACUAAUUUCCCUUCAUUUCCUUAUUGCUUUACCUUUUAACAUUACGACUUAUAAGAGGCUUCAGUAUUUAAUCUGCAUUAAGGAAAUCCUGUGGUUUUAUAUAUGUAAUGAGAAAAAAAAUUAGUUUUAUAUUUAAAAUUUUAUUUCUGCUGUUGGCUGUUUCAUUACAUCUUCAUGCAUAGCAAAAAACAAGCAAACAACAUGUAUUCCUCUGUUAAUUGUUGAUGUGGAAUAUUUGUUGUAUAUCAUCCUUCACAGCAUUUAUAUAGUGAUAUUCUUUAUCUUAGGGCAUAAACAUUAUAUCUAGCAUUUUUAUUUCAUUUCCACUGGUUUCCUUUUAUUUGAAAAAAAAAAAAAAAAAUUCCAAUAAAGUAUGAAGCAUUUUAUGAUUGUAAUGAUUAUAAUUUCUGUGACAAAUUUGUUGGAUUUAAUGAUGGAGGGAAAACAUCUUUUGUUGUUGUGGGAAUAGCUUAUGCACACAAUUCACUAUUAUUAUCUGCUCAAAUAUAUGUUAUAUUCGUAUGCAUUAUGUUUUUUCAAAUAUUUGGUGUGAAUUCUAUGAUAGACAGAAAUGGUAUUAUAUUACGCUUAUAUGCAGGUUGUUUAGAAUAAGGAAAUAUCAAAAAACUUCCAUAAAUUGUUAAAAGUUUUGUCUGACUAUGAACCAAGUGAAUUAAAAUGUGUUGGAAAUAAUAUUUUACUAUUAGAUUCUUGUAUACAUUUAAACAUAUGUACUUUGAAUAUUACAGUUAUUUGUUGAGACUAAUAAUCCAUAGAAUCAAUACAUUAUUUAAGUGCAUUGUUGAUUGUAAUUUCUUUUUCUUCCAAUUUGGUUGAAUUCCAUAUAUCCACAGCUGUUUUAUAAUUAUAUAAUAAUCAGGAAAUUUACUAAUGUUCUUAUUGAAUACUUUUCAAUUUUUAAUUCAAUAUUUAAUUAUUCUUAGAUCAUUAUGGCAUUUUUAUUUGGUUGUGAUAAUGCUAAUCAGAACAUUGUACCAGAAAAAUCAGAUAUAUGUAUGCAUUCAUACACAAUCACACAUCAUAUGACAAAUGUUUUGAAACAACAAGUUGGUACAAAAAUGUUAUUUCACUCUUCAUGUUUUGCAAUGAUAUUUGAUCAAAAAUAUGGUCAAAUCUUCUAGAAAGGGGUUUUCUUUAAAAUCUUUAAUGUACGUCUUCUCAAUUAUAAUGGAUAUACCCAGGUCUGCCAAAUCACUCUACCAUUUGAACUCUAACAAAAUAUCCCAUAAAUAUUGCUUGAAUGAUAAAUUAAUUUGAGACACUUUUUUAUAUUUGAUCUCUAUUGUAAAUAUCUGUUGGUCAUAUUUGUCUGUUGCUAGGGAAAUAAUAGAUAUUUAGAUAACUUUUAAUAUUCAAAUAUCAAGUGUUCAUAAAAGUAUUUCAUCUUAUUUUAACAAUAACUUCAAGAAGUAUAAAAUCUUUUCAUAAUCUAAAGCAAGGAAUAUGACUGUCAUGUAUACUAUUUGAGUAUUGAUCACAUUGUUAUGAAGUGAUUCAAAUUUAAUUUGGACAAAUGUUGAACUCCUUACUAGCACUAAAGAACCUGCUAUAGAGUUCUUUGCUUUCACCAGUUCUUUCUACUUUAAUGUCCUCAGGAAUUUGGAUCAUCAUCACCUCAUAUUGUUAACCACAUAAUCGUUAUCAUAAUCCAGCAAUACUCUUAUGGUCAUGUGAUGUUGUCACUAACGCUUUGGGAUUGAAAGUUUCAAAACAGCUCUUAGAGGCUAUAUAUGGCUUGGAAUAUCCCAAAAGUAUUUUGUUAUGUCAUCCACUGUACCUAAGGUUUUAUGUAUUUCUUCAGUUAUUGCAAAAUUGUCAUCAAUACUUACUUCUAUGGAAUUAAUUCCCGAAAACCUGAUUAAUUCCAUAUUGAAGUAAAUUUUUAUCUUUAAAAAAAAGUCAAAAAGAAUGCUAUUAUCUAUUCGAAAUAUAAUUAUCAAAGAGUUUGUUUUAAAACAAAGAAACAAAAAAUGGAUCCAAACUAAUGCCAGUGCAACAUCUUUUUUGUUAAUUUUACUGAAUAUAAAUUAUUUUCAAAAUAGUUAAUAGAUUUCUCAGUUGUCAUUUGUUUUUUGUUUGUUUGUUUUUUUAUUUUUAUUUUUUUUACAUGCCUAUUCAUCAGAAAAGAGGGGCCGGCAUUGUCUUAUUGUUUUAAGAACGACUUUGUUGUUACUCUUUGUAACUUUUUCAAAGGGAAGUUGAUAUAAAUCGAAAUUUUAUAAUUCUGGAAGGAAAUGGGUUUGCUCUCUUUCACACACUCACACAUACAAACAUAUGCACAUAAUUGAAAAUAUUCUAUAAAAUUCAACUUUUCUCAUUUAUUACAUUAAAUAUAUUUUGUUUAUAAAAUUUCCAAGAUUUUUUUUUUCUUUUUUUUUCUACAAACACAUAACAUUAUUCUUGUUAUUCAAACAUUUUGAACUUUACACAAUUUGGUUUUCAUUUGUUAGUAUUUUAUUUUAACCGUCCCAUUACAGAAAUCACAUAACCACAUUUUAAGCCUGGAUAACAGUUUUGUCGUGUUUUCGAUACCCUCAGAUAUUUGCUUUGAUGCUGUUUAUAGGAUAGUUUAAUGCAGAUAAUACUGAAUCUAGAAACUCAGCUUCUUAGGUGAUAAUUACUAUUCUCAAUCAUGAGAGCAAACUGACGAUUAUUAGAAUUCAAACAAACCAUAGUUUACUUUUAAGUAUUGGCAAGCGGUGACAUAAUUCUUAAAUAUGUAUCUCCUAAGUGUUUAGUGAUUUUAAUAUAAUGAAAGUAAAGUGAAAGAAAUUUCGAUAUUGCAUGUAUUGUUUGUGCCUAUGAAUAUUUCUUUCCUUUCAUAUAAAAAAAAUCAUUUUAACUUUCCCUCUACAUUAGCAAAAUGAGAUAUGUGUGAUGGAGAGAGAGAGAAAGAUGCAGGUACCAUAGACCAGAUCAUAUUACUCUCUUUUUCUAAAGAAAUGUUUUUGAUACUUGUCAUCCAUCAACUGAUAAAAUUAGUUUGAUAUAUAUCUACUUACUUUUAUGUUAUAAACUUUUAGCAAAACCAUUUGAUUUAUUAUAUGAAAGGAGUGAUUGAAUUGAAUCCACUUUCAAUAGAUACAUUUAUUAUUGACUGUUGAUCAAUAAGAACGCAAGUGUAAUCCUGACCUUAUCAAUUAAAGUCAUUGGAUCAGUCUCAUUUGAAUAUUGGUUUCUUUUAUGUAUUCAUUAUGUAUAGAGUAUCUGAAAUUGCAUCAGAUCUUCAUCAUAACUGGACUACUAAAGCUAAGUGUUUCUAUAGAUUUAAUUUGAGGAGAAUUGUCAGUUAUGUUAAUUCUGAUGCAAUUUUUAGGCCUUGGUUAAUGUUGUUUAAAUAUCUAGCAUAUGUAAUCAGGAUCCUUUUCUAAAGUGAAUGUUAAUGAAAAAGGCAUGGAAACAAAUCUGUGCUUGUAAGGUUGUAAAGCUUUUUCUCGCAUAAUUAUUGAAAUAGACUGGCAUUUAUUAAUCAGGUUGGAAAAAUUGACAGUUUGCACAUACAGCACUACUAUCAUCAUUCUUUCCAUCCAGAAUAUUAGGUACCGCUGUUUUGCCAUUUGUUUACCAGAAUUCUUGUUUCUCUGUCUGUUCCAUUAUCUCAGAAAACGCUAAAACUAGGCAGUUUAAAUCUUUUUAUGAAAUGAUUACUGAAUAAAGUGGGGUGGUAGAUUGCAGAAUUAUUUGAAGUCCACAGUAUUACUCUUACUGUUUUAUUUGCUAAUCAAACUAGAUGAUGUAUCAAAAGAAAUAAAAAUAUUCCUUCUGAUAGUGGUAGCUACAAAAGGGUUAAUUAAUAGUGGGAAAUACUAACUGUAUUAUGUAAAAAAAUUAUAUUUUUAUCAUAUAUUCUUAAAAGAGAAUGGUAAGGGAAUCACAUCACAGCCCAACUUGUAAAAAUAUAUAAGCAACCCUAAAUGACUAGAAAUUUACAAGAAAAAAAAGAUUGGUUAAAACCCAUCUUUUAUUUUUAUCAGUUUUUUUUUUUAAGUUUGCAUUUUGACAAUUUUUUUUUUUCUUUGUUUAAUGUCCUCAAAAAUAAUAUUCCUACACUUUGUACAACACAAAAUUUCAGUCUAAAAUCUGCUUUCAUUUUGAUGCUUUUGGCAGUAUUUUUUGUUUGUAAACUACUUCUCACAAUAAUUAUUUUUAUUUAUUUAAUGAAUUUAUCUUUCAUUCUACUUUAUAUAAUAUUUUAAUUUUGAUAUGCAUUUAGCAGAUUUUUAUCAGGUUUCAUAUUUUCUUUGAGUCGGUUAUAUUUUUGUUGGCUUCCAUGAGGAAAUGCAGGGUGUCUUUUUUUUUUCCGCCUUCCCCCCAUUUUGUCUUUGGCUCUCGUUCUCAUUUAGGGAAACAUGCUAGUUAAAGACAACAAAAUACUUUACUGAAGGACAUAAUCCAAUAGCUGCAGUGGAAUGUUAAUUUUCACUAUUACUUCAGCUAAUCAAUCAUCAGAAAUUUGCAUUUUUUUUUUUUUUUUUUUUAAUAGAAAAAACUCCCUGAACCAAGACUAUUUUAUACAUUCUGAAAACACUUUUCCCUUCAGUUUCAUAUGUGUAUGAGCAUUCACCAUCAUCCUUUUCAAGAUAAAAAUUGUGUUAAUGCUUCAUGCGUGUAUGUGAGGUUGUGUGUGUAUAUGUGUAUAUAUACUUAUAUGUAUAUAUACACACAUAUAUAUGAAUGCGCAUCAGUUAUAUAAUGAUUGAAUCUUAAUAUCAUUCAUAUAGUUAUAUAUCAACUUGUGUUAAAAAAAUGUUCCUCAAUUUGCUAACGAGUUAUUAUGCAGAAGAUGAAGCAGUUCUGUUUACACUUUAGUUUAUUUCACAAUAAUGAGGUUUUCAACCUUUUUCUGUUUUUGUUUUUUUUUUUUACCUCUUCAAUAUUUUCAAUUGAACCAUUUACAACAUGCACUUGGAUUGUUUUUCCAUUUCCUUCCAGAUAUCUCUUGUUUACAGGAUAAAGUAUUGUUGUCUUAUUGUUAUGUUCACUUAAGACUAAUAUUUUGAAACAUUAAAAAAGGUAAAUAUUC